UUCCCAUAAACCCUAGUGCAAAUUACACCAACUGGUUUCCUGCCUUGCCUUGCCUUGCCUUGUCUGGGUUUAAGCUUCAAAACCGCCAAAACGCCACCGCCGCUGCACCGGUUGCGCUCCGGCACAGAAGGCGCUCUCUACAAUCGCCGAUUUACUUCAGUCCCAGAGUUUGGAGCUAUCCCGGGAGAUUUCUCAUACUCAAUUCUCCAAUGGCUUCAUUCCUCGACUCGCAGUUGCAAGCUAUCAAAUCCUUUGUACAGGCGGACUCGGAGCCGCUCAAUAGGCCGUUCACUCGACCUUCGAUUCUUUAUGACCCCAAAGAAGCAGCUGACAUCAGUAUCGACACUAUAUUCAGCAUUGCCUUGCAUGGUCUGGAGGUUCUUAUUAGCUUGGAUGAGCGUUUCAGAAAUUAUAAGAAUAAUUUGUUUAGCUACAAAAGUAGAGAGCAGGAUAGGGAGUUGAUGGGUGAAGAGGAAAACAAACGUAUUAACGCUACAAUUAGUUCGUACCUGAGGCUGAUUUCAGGACACUUUCAACAACCUUCGUCUCUUAGGACUUUAGAGUACUUGAUUCGCAGAUACAAGAUUCACGUGCAUAAUGUUGAGGACUUGGUUCUUUGCGUCUUACCAUUCCAUGACACUCAUGCUUUUGUUCGAAUAGUGCAGCUGCUUGUUUUGGGGAAUAGUAAAUGGAAAUUUCUAGAAGGUGUGAAGCUGUCUGGCGCUCCACCACCAAGGAAGGUUAUAGUGGAACAAUGUGUCCGUGAUCGUGGUGUUUUGGAAGUUUUAUGCAAUUGUGCUGCUCCAUCAAAGAACUUCCAUCCAGCGAGGCCAGUUGUCAAUUUCUGCACUGCAGUUGUUAUAGAAGUUUUGGGCUCUCUUUCAAGCAUCGAGCCCAAUGUAUUAAACAUAGUUCUUUUGUUUGUUAAAACUGGACUCCAGCCUGGCACCAAGGGGAUCUCCGAUCAGAAGGCUGGUGCUUUGAUGAUUGUUGGUCUGCUAGCGAACAAAGUCACAUUGAUACCUAAGCUUGUUAAGAGUUUGAUUCGAUCAGUCUCUGAGAUUGCUAAAGAGGGUGCGAGGGAGUCGAGUGAUAUGCAAUCAGUUCGACUCUCACUUAUGGCUUUAAUCACCCUUGUUCAGUUACAAUCAGUUGACAUAUUUCCAAGAAAGGUAUUGGAUGUUUUGAUGGAGAUUAGGGAUUUAGCUAGUAUUCUUUUGGAACUAUCCAGAGAGUUCAACAUCGAUCAAUUCCUCUCCAUCCUUAUGGAUUCUUUAGUCGAAUAUAGUUUCUCUAACGACUUGUGCCAACGUGGUUUGAUCUCAAUAAUUGAGACUGUUCCGAUGAAGCAUUUAAUGCAUAAUAUGGUCACCAAGGUUAUAGCGAGCUGCUCUAAAUUGUCAGAGAAGACUGACAAUCCAAGCUCUUCUAAUCCAGGUACUUGGGCCAAGAAGAUCUUAGUUGUUGUCAAUAAAGUUUAUCCUUCAGAACUCCAUUCUGCUGUUCGGAAGUUCUUGGAGGACGCUAAAUUGCAACAUAAUAUAGGGGGCUCCGUAUAUGAGAUCGUUUGCAAUACUUUAGAUGGGAGUUUGGACAUGUCAUUGCCUAUUUCAGAUUCGAAACUUUUGUUUGCUUUGCAUCAUCCUAAGGCUGAGGUUCGUUGUGCUACUCUUUCAAAUUUGAGCAUGGCUGGAAAUUUGAAAGCUAAAACGGAUCAUUUAGAGAGUUUAGUGACUGUUCAAGAUGCCAUAUUGAAACUACUUCGGGAUGAUGACCUCACUGUUGUUCAGAAAGCUAUCACUCUUGAUGGAUUAUCUGACAUAUUGAGUUCUUCUGAUCUUCUCAAAGCCUUUAAGGAUGUGCUUUUUAGAUGUAUUGGCAUUUUGACAUCUGGUUCUUCAGGUAAUGGCGAUCUUGCUGCUGAUAUAGCUUUUGAAUGCUUAAAGAGCUUGAAAGAAUAUUUCUACGGUCAUGCUGGUGAUCUGCAGAUACUUACAUUUCCCUUACUUUUAAUUUUACCCAAGACUCGGAGGUUGAAUUUAAAAGCUCUGGAAUUGGCUAAGGAAAUAAAAUGGCCUUUUUUCCAGAAUCUUGCUGUUGUCAACACAGAGAUGGAGUUGCAACGUGGUAACAUGAACUCAGUAAAUAUGGAGGUUGUUAAUAGUUUGGCAAAGUCGUUCUUGUUACAUCCGGGGGAGUAUGCACCUUGGCUGAUUGAGUGUUGCAAAGCUUACGAUUCUUCCAGAGUACUGUUCCUCCUUGUUGUGCUGCAGUCAUCAGUCAUGCAAAAAGACAAUAGCACCCACUUUUUGGGAUUCUUUGAAGUUAUUUUCCCUGUUUUGAAGAUCGAAUGGGAUGUAUAUGAGUCUACUUAUGGUGUUUCUAUUGACAAGUUUAAAACUGAAAUGUUGGAUUGGGACUGCAAAAGAUUCCUGGAUCAGUUAGUUAAAGAGGAUCACAAUGAUUUGAACGCAGUUGCUCUAAUUUGUAUAUUUUGGAGAUUGUUAGAUGCAUAUUUAUCUUCAGUGAAUCCAGAUAUGAUGCUGGAUAAGAAGGAAAAAUGGAUUUCCAUGUUCAGCGAUUUGUUUGUGUUCUUCGCGACCUCUCGAUUUAAGCAUGUCUUCAAGGAACAUCUCCAUUACCUUGUCAAAAACUUCAAGAUAUCUCCUGUUCAUUUACUUUCUAGGUUUAUCACUAACGAAGGUGUUCCUGCUUCAGUGCAAGUUGAGAGUCUCCACUGUUUUUCUUAUCUUUGUUCUCAUUCAGAAGAAGAUUUGCAUGUUCAACUCUUUGCGGAAUUCCCUUCACUACUCAUCCCACUGGCCAGUGAUGACAAGGAUACCAGGAUUGUGGCCAUGACCUGCAUUCAAGGGUUAUUUUCAUUACUGGGUCAUGGCAACUUUUCUUGCAAGAAAAAUGGAAACAACGCUGUAUGGAAUCACUUUCUAGAUAAACUUUUGGGUCUGAUGGUUGAGCAAAAAAGACUCAUAUUAUCUGACAUAAAUUUUCUCCCGUCCCUUCUAGCAUCUUUGCUUGGUUCAUCCUCCAACAGCCUUUUGGUUCCUCAGAGCAUUGAACAGAGGUUUGAUAAAGCUACAAAAGAAAUGAUUCUUGCUUUCAUUUUGGGCUAUGCUUUACAGCUUUCUGAUUAUGGGAAGCUGAGGAUUCUUUCUCUGUUCAAAUCGAUGGGAAAUGCUAUUCUGCAUGUUAAGGAAGUCGAGGCUCUAUUAACUCUUCUUUUGGAAAGACGCAAUAGAUAUCAUCUUGCACUUGACAGAUCCAUCCAUAACUUGUCGGCAAUUGAAGUUUCCAUCUUAUGCCUUCUGCUUGAAUGUUGUGCUACACCAUCUUCUUUCAAUUGGCAAGUUUCUGAAGAUUAUUUGUUGAAGGCAUUGCAAUUAAAUGGUAGCACUCCUAGUGCAGAUGCAGUUGUACGUCCUUCUUUAUCUAUCUUGCAAAAGCUGAAUGAUCAAAUAUAUGGCAUGAUGAGGAAUGAAAUUCAGGAAUUUCUGUUUUCAAAACUAGUUUUGUUAUUUCGGGACGCUGACAAUAAUGUACAAAGUGCCACUCGAGAAGCCCUGAUGCGCAUACAUAUUACUUCCUCCACCGUUGGGCGGAUGCUUGGUUACAUGAUGAAAUGUGAAAGUUUUGUUGGCAAUUCGGUGGAUAGGAAGAAGAAAAAGAAAUCCAUCGAGUAUCAUAUAUCCAGCUCGCCCUAUGAUAUGAUAUCUAAAAAGGAGAAUUCAUUCUCUUUGUUAAGUUCUGUUCUUGAUAUUUUACUACUGAAGAAAGACAUGGCUAACAGGGAAUCCCUUAUAGGACAAUUAUUUAUGCUUCUUGGGAAAGUAUUUUCAGAGGAUUGGGUAAAUGCUGCUCUCGCACUUCAUGAGCAGUCGAACCAUGCAGUAUCUGGUGUUUCUCAGGGCACGUCUGAUGCAAUUGGCUACAUAAGGCAGACAAUCUUAAUAAUUCUUCAAGAUAUCUGUUCAUCGGUCGUGACUACUACCCCGCAAGAGGUUCAGUGGAGAAAUGAUAUUGAUAUCAAAUUGUUGGUUGAUCGUACUCAUUUAUCCAAGGAUGGAGUCACCCGUAACCAUGUGUAUUCAUUAAUUUCUUGUGUGGCAAAAUUUAUCCCUGAAAAACUUGUGGAUCAUAUGCUUGAUAUUCUUACCCUCAUUGGUGAAUCUGCUGUCAGACAGGUUGAUAGCCAUUCAGAACGUGUACUUGAGGAUCUUAUUGCUGCUGCUGUUCCAUGUUGGCUGUCAAAAGCUGAGAACAUGGAUAAAUUGCUUGAGACUUUUAUCAGCAUAUUGCCUGAGAUUGCUGAAGAUAGAAUGUUAAAAAUAUUCCAAUACUUAUUAAGGACCGUGGGGGAAUGGAAUGGCUUGGCUUCGUUGCUUUUGCUUCUUUUUCAGUCACUGGUUACGAAAUUACCUUCCUUGGAGGAUUUUCAUGGUCCAGAUGGUUUUUUGUCUUUUGUACAUAGAGAAAGGGAGUAUGGGUUUGCAUUGCAUAUUUGUGAGCAGUAUUCAUGCACGACUUGGCUUCGUGCUCUUGCUGCAAUGUUUAAGGACGUGGGUCUGGAUAACUUUUGUGUGGAAUCACUAAAGAAAUUGCUUCUGGCCUCAAAAUUUUCUGUAGACAAAUUGCAAGGCCCAGAAUUUGCUUUCAGAUUAGCAUCACAAGAAAGCUUGGAUGACAUACAGAGUAUUCUUGGAGAUCUACUGGAGCAGGUUGUUUAUCUAGCCCAGCUUGUUGAUACAAGGAGCCAGGAAAUUGGUAUACCUGUGGCUAUCAGGAAGGAAAUAAAGGAGUAUAUGCAUGCUAUUUUGAGAAGUAUCACUAGGGUUAUGAGUCCUUCAGCUUUCUUAAGAAGCAUCAUGAAUUUGCUUGGCCAUAAUAAUAGAAGUGUUGGGAAAAAGGCUCUCAAGCUUCUAUGCGAAACAGUCAAAGAACAAAGCACGAUGAAGUCAAAGAAAAAGGCAAGGAAAGAGAGGACUUCUGGAAGUCCCUGGCUCAACAUGGACGAGAAUUUUCUCAAAUUAUUCGACAGUAUAUCUUUGAGAAUUGUUCACUUAAUUGAUGAUUCUACUGAUGAUUCUGAUAGUUCUCUUAAAGUAGCCGCAGUUUCAGCUAUGGAAAUUCUAGCCACUGCAUUUCCUUCUUACCAUUCAGUUACAAGUGUUUGGCUAGCGUCAAUUGCAAAAUAUGUUACUUCGAGCAACUUAGCUCUCUCUUCUAGCUGCCUUCGAACAUGCGGCACACUGAUCAAUGUACUGGGGCCAAGGUCAUUGAGUGAGCUGCCCAGUAUAAUGGGAAAGGUGAUAAAUGUGUCUCGUAGUUGUGUGGUUGAGAAUAGAAGAUGCAGUUCUGAAAUAUCAAUUCAAUCAUUAGAUUUAAGGGAAUCUGUUAUGCUUUCUGUUGCUGUCGCUUUGGAGGCCGUUGUAGAGAACCUUGGUGGAUUUCUUAAUCCUUAUCUUGGAGAUAUUUUAGAACUUGUGGUGCUUCAUCCUACCUUAGUACGGGGAUCAGAUUCAAAGCUGAAGUUGAAAGCAGACUUUAUACGGAAACUUCUGACAGAUAAAAUUCCUGUUCGUCUUGUCUUGCCACCUUUGUUGAAAUUUUUCUCUCGUGCUGUUGAAUCUGGAGAUUCAUGCCUUAUAAUCACCUUCGACUUGCUGGCAAACAUUGUUGGAAAGAUGGAUAGGUCAUCUGUUGCUGCUUACCACACACAGAUAUUUGACCUAUGCUUACUUGCACUUGAUUUACGCCACCAGCACCCUGUUUCUAUCACAAACAUGGAUGCUGCAGAAGACAGUGUUAUCAGUGCAUUGAGUUUGCUGACACUUAAACUUACUGAAAGCAUGUUUAAACCAUUAUUCAUUAGAAGCGUUGAGUGGGCAGAUUCAGAUUUUGAAGAUGGUGCAGGUGCUGCGCGCACAAGUGUUGACAGGGCCAUAUCUUUCUAUGGCCUAGUAAAUAAGCUUGCUGAGAAACAUCGGUCACUUUUUGUUCCAUAUUUCAAGUACUUGCUAGAUGGAUGCGUCCGUCACCUUACAAAUGCUGAAAAUGCAAAACAUACCGGUCCAGUACAAAAAAGGAAGAAGGCUAAGGUGCACAAGAGUGGCGAUAAUAAAGAGGAAAAUGGAGUGGUAUCACUUAAAAUCUGGCAUCUAAGAGCAUUGGUCUUAUCGUCAUUGCAUAAGUGCUUUCUCUAUGAUACUGGGAGCUUGAAAUUCCUUGAUGACUCAAAUUUCCAGGUUCUGCUCAAACCCAUAGUCGCACAGUUGGCAUCUGAGCCACCAGAAAUGCUUGACGAGAACACGAAUGCUCCGUCUGUAAAGGAGGUUGAUGAUGUUCUGGUGGUCUGCAUUGGUCAAAUGGCCGUGGCUGCCGGGAGUGACCUGUUAUGGAAACCCUUAAAUCAUGAGGUAUUGAUGAAAACCAGGAGCGACAAGGUUCGUAGUCGAAUUUUGGGUCUAAGAAUCGUGAAGUACCUAGUGGAUAAUUUGGAGGAGGAAUAUUUAGUACUUCUAGCUGAGACCAUCCCCUUCCUAGGCGAGUUGCUUGAAGAUGUGGAGCCGUCUGUUAAAUCUCUUGCACAAGAUAUUCUCAAGGAAAUGGAGUCUAUGAGUGGUGAAAGCCUUCGGCAGUACCUAUAAUGCUCUGUUGAGUUGUGAGUUCAAUCAUUUAAUGCUUCAACCGAAGACUGCUGGGUUUGGAAGAUGUGGCCAUUCACUGUUUAUUCAGGUGAUGUUUUACUCAACUCUUAUCUUUUGAUAUUUGUCUAAAACUGGUUUAGAAUAUGGAAAAAGCAGUUAGUUUUGAGGGCAAAUUUUGUGUAAUUGCCCAAAAUGGAACAGUUUUGUUUUGUUUUCAUAAGAAUUCUGUAAUAUAUCUGGUGUAUAUCCCUACAUCAUGUAUAUCAAUCAGUAUAUGCAAGUUAUUUUUAUUGUAUCAUAGAUUAUUCUUGAUUU